AUGUGGGAGGUAGGAGCUGCGAGGCUGGCGGAGAGCGCUGCUGCCGCCGCUGCGAGCUGGAAACUACUGAAUGGGAAUCUAUCCGGCAACUUCAGCUUCCCGGGCGACGCGGGGACUCUGCGUAAAACCGAGCGGCGCGUCUCCAAGUGCGGAUCAGACGAGCGGGACGCUCAAGUUGGAUCGCGCGAGCGGCUUUUCACUUGUUCUCCCGCGAACAUGCCUGCCAUCAAGAAGGAGCGGCUGGACGGGGACGACAUGGCACUGACCGCCUUCAACCAGUCCGAAUACCUGGCCCCUUUAAAUGCCACCGCCAUCCCCGUGGUGACCCCGCAUCCGCCGCCCUACGACCACAUUUUCGCCCAUCACCGCGCGUACUUGGGGCUCCACGACUCGGCGGCGCUGCACCACCAGCACCUCCACCACCACACGGACGACUUGAUGCUGGAGAGGUUCUCCUCCAUCCCGGACUUCCAGCCCUUCUUCGACAACGGGGAGCCGUGCAUCGAGGUGGAGUGCGGGGAGAACAAGGCUCUGCUUUAUAUCAAUAAACUGUGCCAGGGCAGUAAGGGACCCUCCAUUAAAUACCGGGGCGAGUGGCUCACCCCCAACGAGUUCCAGUUCGUCAGCGGACGGGAGACGGCCAAGGACUGGAAACGGAGUAUUAGACACAAAGGGAAAAGUCUCAAGACUCUUAUGUCCAAGGGAAUCUUACAGGUGCACCCUCCGAUCUGCGACUGUCCCGGGUGUCGUAUCUCGUCUCCAGUGAACCGCGGGCGCUUGGCAGAGAAACGCACCAUCCCUCUUCCACCCAACCGAGUGCCCAAGAAGGAGCUGGCCUCCAUCUUCAGCAGCGACGACAGCGAAGGCAGCGAGCGGGCCAGUGGAGAUCAUGCCCACAUCAAACAGGAGGACGAGCUGCAUUACAGUAUCAUGAGAAAGAGUCGCGAUAGUGACCUCUCUACAAUUAUCUCCAACCUGCACCACACCAGACAGCACGGCAUGCCCGAGGGCCAGUCCGCCUCAGACCUCAGCACCGGCUCCGGACACUCAGAUGACCUUCUAGGCAAGAGGAGAAGCUUCUCUCCCAACAGCAGCAGCGAGUGUCCCUCCGACAGCAAGAAGUCACGCAGCGUUUCCCCCAAAGAAAACUCCCAGAGCCCGGAGGUGGAGGCGGGCGGCAGCCACAUGAGCCCCGAGGAGCAUUACCGCCGCAUGAUGUCCGCGCUCAGCGAGCCGGGGUCCUACGAGGAGCAGCAGCAGCGCCUCUACCAGCUGGCCAGCAGCAUGGGGCUGCAAGGACACGAUCUGCUUCGUGCUCGCCACGAGGCGCUGGCCGCCGCCGUGAGGAACCCACAGGCUCUGGAGGCUCACCUGCCGUCAGCAGGCAGCAGCUCCUCUUCAUCCAGCCAGAGACGCAAGCAGGGCCUGCCACAGCACCGGGACGCACAUUACACCGACAGAGAGAUGUCCCAUCCUCCGCCUCUGCUGUCGCCUCCAACCGCUCCACACAUCGCCUUAGGACCUCACCUGCGACCUCCGUUCCUGGGCAUGCCCUCCGCGCUCUGCCAGGCUCCCGGUUACAGUUUCCUCCAGCCGGCUCAAGCGGAGAUCUUUGCUCGUCAACAGGAGCUGCUGAGGAAGCAGAAUCUGGCCAGACUUGAGAUGUCAGCAGAGCUGCUCAGGCAGAAGGAGUUGGAGAACCUCCACCAGCGGCAGCAGCAGCAGCAGCAGCAGCAGCAGCGGCUGCUGGGUGCGGACCCUCUGGUCGCCCUGCCGCCCGGCCUGCCCCCCGACCACCCGGCGCUGCGCAGCCUCCACGACAUCCCAGAGGGCCAUCCUCUCCGGGAGGAGCUGGCCCGCCGCUCCAACGCCAUGCUGGUGCUUCGCCACGGGGCCGCCACGCCCCUCCUCGCCCUCAACCACCAGCAGCAGCAGCAGCAGCCCGCGGCGGCGUCCACGCCCAAGGAGAGCCAGGCCCAGAGCUCCGGCGCGGCGGCGGACGCCGACUCCAGGAGGGCGGCCCGCAGGGCUCUGCAGAUGCAGCUCCGCCCGGGCGACCACAGAGGGCCCAGAGAGGACCGGGGGCGGGAGGCGGACCUGGAGCCGCACGACGACGACAUGAAGGACUCGGACAGCGAGGAGGAAUCGUGCGAGGAGCGGCGGGACGGCGUCGCCGCGACGCCUGGCAGUAAACCCCGGCACGCCGAGCGGGGCAAGGACACUGGCAACAAUCGAGCGUGCGACGGUGCCAAGGAGGCGGCAGAGAGCUCGGGCCGGCUGAGCGCCCCCUGCAGCUCGGCCGACGCCGAGUCGCCCAGCCGGCAGCUCUUCACCCCGGGACUGGGCAAGACUGACCUCAAGUACCUGCCCCCGGGGUUCAUACCGCCGCUGCCUGCUCUGCACGCCCAGACGCUGCCCUUCGGCUUCCCCUACGCCAACCCGUACUUUCACACGGGCUCUCUGGGAGGUCUUUUCAUGGAUGGGGAGGACUCGGCCACGGCGAAUCCUGUGGAGGACAUCAGCAAGUGGAGUGUGGAAGAUGUGUGCGGCUUCAUAAGCAGCCUGGCUGGAUGUGCUGAAUACACACAGGUGUUUCGGGAGCAGGCCAUUGAUGGAGAGACACUGCCGCUGCUCACUGAGGAGCACCUGCUCACCACCAUGGGACUAAAGCUGGGGCCCGCGCUCAAGAUCCGCUCGCAGGUGGCGCGCCGCGUCGGCAGGCUCUUCUACAUGACGGGAUUCCCGCUGGCGUUCCCGUUCGCGCCUUCCGCCGCCGCCCUCCGCCCCGCCGAGAGGGACCGGGACCCCCUGGCGACCCCGUCCGACGCCCCCCUGCCCCUGGCCCUGACCCUGCAGCACCGGCCCGCCUCCACCAGCAGCAGCUCCUCGCCGUACAGCGGCCCCACCCCGGGCUGCUCCUCCCCCAAGCAGGAGAACGGCUCCACGGCGGCGGCGCGCUACGAGGCCAAGACGCCCUCGUAGGGGGACGAGACCCCGGCGACCCCCCGCCCCGCCCGCCCCCGCGUACCGGACGCCCCUCACCUCGGGACCUUUAAGUUGAAUUUUAUUGGAGGACACGAGACAAUGCGGACCGAGUCCGGCCGGCCAAUCAGCUGACUUCCUGUGCAGCGGCUGUAGCUGAGCAGAAUCCAAAGAAACGUGGAGCGACGGAGGGACAGAAAGAGGAGCAAAAGGAGACAGCUGGUCACAGACAGCCUGCCAAAAAAAGGAAAAAAAAAAGAGAAGGAGCAAAGCCCUGCCACAAAAGUCAGACAGUCAGACGCUGACGGAAACUCUUCCUUCCUUCCUGGGCUGGAGGAAGCUCUGCUCGCUCACUUUUCUUCCCCUCAUCUCCAUCUCGCCGCCCGCUCCCACCACAAGCCCGCAGAGGAAUUCAAAAGGAGGCCUCUCCCCUCGCCUCGCUCCCUCCUUUCGUCUCGUCUCCCGUUUCCCCGAGGCCAGACGGCGGCGUGGCGCUGUCUCUCCUUCAGGCCGGAGCUGAAACAUAUGCCGAGCAGCUUCUUCUUAUCACUGCAACUAUGCAUUCCACUGUCCCGAUACCAAAGAUGACUGGAUGUGUGGAAUUGGACCCGCGCUUCGUGUUUGCUAUCAGGCGGUCCGGCGGGGGGAGGGGCGGCGGGACGGACCCCGGCCCCGUUUACACGACCACGCUUCAAGUGAAAGCGCAGACGUUCCGGCGUUUUCGUUUCAGAAACGGCCGGAAGCGGCGCGGUUAGCAUGCCAGGCUGUAAGCUAGCAGGGAGCUAGCAGACGUUCGUACGGACAGGCGGCCAUGUUGGAUUGUUGUUACGGCGACUGUUAACUCUGAAACUCCCAGGUUCAGGAGAAUCUGGACUCCGGUCCAUCUACUGAGCAUGUGCAGAAGAGCUGCUCGCCCCCGGCCGCGGUGCGCGGCGGACUGACGAAGAUGCAAUUUCUAAAAAUUCCACCUCGGGCUCCGAGCGCCGUUGUCGUGUAGACGGACCCCCAAGAACCGCAACAAACGUUCUAUUUUUCUGCGACUUCACUUGGAAAUGUUUGUCGUGUAAACCGAGCCCGAGGCCACGCGGUAGGAGCCGUCACUCAGACGUGCGUGCGCGCGUGCGUGCGUGCGCGGCUUCAUGUCAUUGUGUGCUGGUGUUGACUACUGUGGGAGGUAGGAAAACAUGCAAAAUUGUACAGAAUCACGCUUAAGAUGAAAAUAUCCUGAAGGUUACAUACGUGGUACUUUAACUCUUUUCGUUAAAUGUAGUUGCACGAAUAAGGUUUUCUUUACUGAAAAAUGUGACUUGCUGAACUUUGGUGGUACUUUUGUUCAUUUUUUUUUUCUGUUGCCAUUUUU